ACGUUUACAGUAAAAGUUGUCACUAGUUACCGCAGCCACAAAGCGUUUAAGUCUUCAUUUAAGGUUAAGCAUAAGGUUAGCAGUGUGGUUAAGGUUAUGUUUAAAACCAGAUUUUUAAGAAAUUGAAGGAAUAGUCAGGGUUUAGUAAUAGUUAUGACUUUGUGGCUGUGGUAACUAGUGGCGACCGUAAAAGAGGGUGCCUGAUUUCUCGACCACUGAUGAUGACGCAACCACGGCUCUGCAGCCAUAGCAGCCAAACACGACGGCGUAAACAAAAACGGAUUCCAGAAAUAUUUUUCUCACUGAAGAGAUCUUCAUGAAGGAAUAUUACAUUUCCUUUUUUGAAAUAGGGUUGGGUUUACCUGAAACUUGUCCCAACAAAGUCAGCUGUACGUGAAACUAGCUACGGUCGCUAGCAGCGCCUAAACGCUGGCGUUAGCUAGCUGCAUUGUAUACUAGCUAGGUUAGCUAACUGACGUUAGCUAGUUAACUGUCUUGCCGCUAUCUUUUGCAGUUUGGGAAAAUACUAUACAUAAUAAUAGUUUGCUACUGUAGUUUAGCAAGGAAACUUACCCGCUAAUGUUAUUAGCUAGUUCUAGCUAACGUUACAAGCGGGACAAUAUUUGUAUUGCUUUUAAAUAUUUUUUUAAUGAAUUGUUAUCUUAUUAACACUUUGUUUUAGCUAGCUAUUUGUGUAGGUAGAUAUCAAGUAAACACAAUGAUAUAGUUCAAGAAGCAACAAGUACACUCACUAGUACUGACAGUACUAGCUGUGUCGCUAGUGUUUUUAGUUUGACAAUCCAACGAUGUCUAAGAAUGGCACUUUAAUUGGCCCCUAGGCCUAACUCAUGCAGCUGUAUGAUGAUAAUGAGCUGAAAUGCCGACUAGAGGCAUUUGAUCCAUUCAGAAUCGCUGCUACAUGACUCGUUUCCGCCAAUUAUCUGAGUUUGGACAGCAAUGUUUAGUCUGAUGGCGAAUUGUUGCAACUGGUUGAAACGCUGGCGGCAGCCCGCAAGGAAAAUAACACUGGUGAUGGUCGGACUUGACAACGCCGGGAAGACUGCUACAGUACGCGGGAUCCAGGGAGAGAGCCCAGAGGACGUGGCCCCUACGGUAGGCUUCUCCAAGGUGGAUCUGAAGCAGGGGAAGUUUGAGGUCACCAUCUUUGACCUGGGCGGAGGGAAGAGAAUCAGGGGCAUCUGGAAGAACUACUACAGCGAGUCGUACGGGGUGGUGUUCGUGGUGGACUCCAGUGAUGUGCAGAGGAUCCAGGAGACCAGGGACACUAUGGCUGAGGUCCUACGACACCCUCGCAUCGCUGGGAAACCUGUCCUAGUAUUGGCUAACAAGCAGGAUCGGGACGGGGCAUUGGCUGAGGCAGACAUCAUCGAGAACCUGUCAUUGGAGAAGCUAGUGAACGAGAACAAGUGUCUCUGUCAGAUCGAGCCGUGUUCUGCCGUUCUGGGCCGUGGUAAGAAGGGGGACAAGUCCAUCAGGAACGGACUCAACUGGCUGCUCAACAACAUCGCUAAAGACUACGAAGCCAUCUCUGAACGCGUCCGGAAGGACACGGCCGAACAGAGGGCUCAGGAGGAACAGGAGAAGAAAGAGAGACAGGAGAGAGUACGGAGGAUACGGGAGGAGAGAGACCGUCAGGAGAGAGAGGAGGCGGAGAGGGAGGGUCGGACACUGCAGGAGGAGGAGGAGACCGACGACGUACCCAGCCCCUUCCAGCCAAUAGGCAACGUCAUCAAUGAGAAUGAAGACAAGCUGAAGAAGAGACAGACAGGAGGGCAGGGUGGUGGUGCCAACGAUGCCAGCGAAGGAAGGCAGGAAGAGGAAGAGGAGGAGGAGGAAGAGGACAGCGAGAGACAGACUCCAGAGAGCAGCGCAGUAUCAGUGGAGCAGACUAAGAAGAAGACUAGUAAACUGAGACUGAAGAGGAAACACAGAGUGGACCCUCUGAGGACGGAGGAGACAGCUGGCCCCGAGAGCCCCACACCUCCACCACUACCUGUGGGAUGGGCUACUCCCAUAAUGUCUCGGCUUCCCAAACUGGAGCCUCUUGGCGAUAGGAGCCGAUCUGAGUUCUUCGGCAAGCCCCUCCCCCCUGUGGCCAACCGCCAACAACGACCUAACAGCGACACUCAUGAUGUCAUAUCCUAGCCCCUCCCCUCCCGUGGCCAACCACCAACAACGACCUAACAGCGACGUUCAUGAUGUCAUAUCCUAGCCCCUCCCCUCCCGUGGCCAACCGCCAACAACGACCUAACGGCGACGUUCAUGAUGUCAUAUCCUAGCCCCUCCCCCCCCGUGGCCAACCGCCAACAACGACCUAACAGCGACGUUCAUGAUGUCAUAUCCUAGCCCCUCCCCCCCCGUGGCCAACCGCCAACAACGACCUAACAGCGACGUUCAUGAUGUCAUAUCCUAGCCCCUCCCCCCCCGUGGCCAACCGCCAACAACGACCUAACGGCGACGUUCAUGAUGUCAUAUCCUAGCCCCUCCCCCCCCGUGGCCAACCGCCAACAACGACCUAACAGCGACGUUCAUGAUGUCAUAUCCUAGCCCCUCCCCCCCCGUGGCCAACCGCCAACAACGACCUAACAGCGACGUUCAUGAUGUCAUAUCCUAGCCCCUCCCCUCCACCAGGCUACUCCUUCCUUACCUGAUUGGUUUUUCCAACCCCAAGCCCCACCUUCAAUUCAAACAACAUUAUUUGUCCUCUGAAGACAAUUAUAUUAGGCUUUGACCUGACCCCUUAUCUUUAUAUUAGGAC